AUGCUGUCUAGUCGUUUACUACUGCUGUUGUUGGCAAGACGAGGAAUAUCUGCUGUUACAAAUACUGCCAAAUAUAGAAGUACCAUUGCAAGUUAUGAUAGCACUAUGCGCUGCUUAACUAGUGUCAAUAAAUAUGAAUUUUUACUAAAGUUUUACCCUCGCACACUUACAACAGAUCUAUUCCAGGAUAGCCAAUUGCACGAUGAAUUACAACGAUUAACAAAUUGUGCAUCUAUUUUACAAUUUAUUAAACGAAAUAAACAAUUCUACGAUCCUGCUACAAUAGUACUAUCAUUCUCCAAACUUCGUCACAACAUGGAUAACUCCUAUUCACUUUAUAAUCAAAAGGAUUUCCAAAAUUUAUGUCAAUUAACUUGUCAGAAAUUAACUUUAUUAAAUGACGAUGAAUUUAUUUCUCUAUCAUCAUCCUUAGCAGGUUUUAUCAAUAAGAAUCGAUUUAUUACCGAUAAGAGUGUGAUGCGAUUAUUUAUUGAUAUCCAUACAAAUGCGGCCCAACGAUAUCCAUCUUUUAGUAACAGCCAACUCUCUCAUAUGGCAUGGUGUCUUAUACAGUAUUCCACGAUACCUAAAUUAAAUAAUAAACUCUAUUUAAAUCAGCUGGUAGCAGUGGUGGAAAAAAGAGUCACAAGCUUUAAUAAUCCAGUUCAUAUCGCUAAUUUAAUGUGGGCAUUAUCAAAAGAUCAAUUAAACAUAGACAUUUUUCAACAGUUACAACAACAAGCAAUCAAUAACAUUAAUAAAUUUAAUCCAAUCAGUAUAUCCAUGGUAUGUUAUUCGCUGGCUUUAUUCGGGGAUAGAUCGGAACAACUGUUGACGGCAAUUGAAAAUAGAAUGCUAGCAAUAAUUAAUUUAUUAGAUCCACAAAGUAUCGCAAACAUUGCUUGGGCUUUCGCAAAGUUAAACUGGUUCAAUGAUGAAAUCUUUGGAUUCAUUCAAAAACGUACAUUAGACAAUAUUGGCAAGAGAACGUUACGACCACAGUCAAUUUCUAACAUCAUUUGGGCCUUUGCAAGCAUGAAUUAUGAUGAUCAGCAAUUAUUUACUGCUGGUUGUUUGCAUUUCUUACAUAAUCAUCAGCAUUAUAAUAUAGACGACCUAUGUCAGUUAAUUUAUUCACUGGGGAAGAUGAAUUUUAAACUGGAAUUACCAGCCAGUAAAAAAUUCUUCCCAAUCGUUAUUCAACGAUUAGAAGAUCUGAUGAAGCGACAAAAUCGCUACACUCCUAAAUUUUAUAAGCAAGUUAUUAGUGCAACUUGGUCACUGAUAAUAAUGGAACAAUUUCCACCUCGAUUAAUAUCUAAAAUUCUCUCCGAUCAAUUUAUAGAAGAUGCAACUCCAUAUAUUUCACAAAUAGAAGCAACUCAGUUAUAUCAAAUAGAUUUAGCCACAAUAUUAGAAUCAGGCGAUUCAAGCAUCCAAUGUUUAUCGCCUGUAAAUAAAAGGAAAUUUGUUCAAGCGUUUUGUGCCGUUACUACCUCAUUGUCGUCAUUGGAACAAAAUGUUGUGCCUGCCAUUCACCAAUUUGUAGGUGGAGAUAGAUAUUACAGGUUACAAGUUGCAACGCCAUUUGGAUAUAGCAUCGAUAUUGAGCUACUAUUAGACAAGGAUAAAAAUCUAAUGCCUAUCAAUGAGAUUCUUCCUGCAGCGACAUCAACAGGCGAUAACAUCGAGAUGAAGAUAACCAACCUGAUAACAAAAGUAGUCACGGAAUCCAUGACUCAUCUUGACUAUGAAAGAAUUGCAAUUGAAAUCGAUGGUCCAGUUCAUUUUGCGUACAAAUCCAAUCGAUAUUUAGGUCAUACCAUUAUGAAAACUAGACAUUUGUCAUUAUUAGGCUGGCAUGUUAUAAGGGUUCCGUACUAUGAAUGGAAUAAAUUAAAUGAUCUCCCUGAAAUUGACCGAUAUCUGAAAGAGAAGUUAUUUCAGCAGUGA